CAAAGUUUUCCCGAGUAUAAUAAGGGGAAUUCCCAAAAUUUAUAAUUUUUCAAGGGAAAGAAUUUUUUUCUCCACUUGAUAAGAUAAUAUUUACACUGAUCUGAAUGUUGUGCAGUUUUAUCUCAAGCGUCUCAUUGACUUUGUGACAAUUAGUAAAUCACAAUGAGUAGUGUAUCGCCAAAUAGAACUCAAAUGGAUCUUCUCUUGAUUGGGAAAACUGGAAACGGUAAAAGUGCAACGGGAAAUACAAUCCUUAGAAGAAAGUCGUUCAAGAGCGUCCCUAAUUCAUCUUCUGUUACUAAACAAAUUCAGCAAGAUUAUUCAGAUUUCUACGGCAGGUGUAUCAAGGUGGUUGAUGGUCCAGGGGUAGGUGACACAGACCUAAGCUACGAGGAUGCUCUUAAACUUGUGCUGAAGAAUGUCCAAGAAGCAAUAUAUGCAAACCCCGAAGGCUAUCACGCUUUCCUUCUCGUGGUUCGCUUUGGAGGCAGAUUCACCAAAGAGGAUGUGCAGACCAUAGAUGUGCUGAAAGGAAUCUUUGGCGAUGAAUUUGUCCAGAAAUACUGUAUCCUAGUUGUAACUUGUGGAGACAAUUUUGAUCCUGAAGAAACUGGAACAGAGUGUUUCUAUACCUGGUGCAAUCAGCAGUCAGGAGUUUUUAAAACUCUAGUGAAAGAAUGCAACAAUCGGGUCAUCCUAUUCGACAACAGAACCAAGGAUUUAUCAAAGCAAACAGAUCAGCUCAAUCGCCUCAUCAGCAUGGUGAACAGCAUUAGCGCUAUGGGUCUCAGGUACAGCCAUGAGCAUUUCAAAGCAGCUCAGAGGAAUCGUGAUAGAUUGAUGGUAGAAUCUGUUGUUCCUCUCAUCAAAGAAGAAAGUUUACGUGAAACAAGUUUAAUCAUUCAGCAACUUAGCAGAGUGCAGUUGGACGAUCCAGAAAAACAGCUGAAAACAUUGGACGAUCUAUUGAAGAGAGUGGAUUUACUUCUACAAAACAUUACUGAACAAGACAAAAACACUGGUGCCCUGAAAGUUGUUAUACAAAAUGUCCAACAUGUUAAACAGUGUGUCGUGGACCAAAUUUCCAACGUCAAUGAAGCAAUAGAAAUGGCAAACAUCAAAGCUCGAAGACAGCAGGAGAUCGAGCGAUUGAAAGCAGAACGUGAACAGCAACUGAAAGACAUUGAUGACGAAAUGAAGAGAGAAUUACAAGAGAAGAUUGCAUUGAUGGAAGAAGAACAAAGACAGACUGUGAACAAAAUGGAAUCCAUGGAGAUUGCUCUCAGAAACAAAACUUCUGAGGUUGAAGAAGAAUGCAGAAAAGUGAGAGAGGCGAAAACGUCUGAAUAUAUUUCUUUCUUCAGACAUGCUCUAUUUGACGGAAUCAUACCGAUGAUUCUAACUAUAUUUGAAGCAAAUUCGCGAAAUUCUUCCGACGAUUUUUCCUUGCCAGGCCCUAACAGAAGAAUGAUUCGAUCUCCUGAUGUUGAUUAAGAUAGAACAUCAGCCGCGCAUACUAAAGAAAGCUGUGGAUAAGUUUGAAUUUUUGAUAUUGUGACAUUAUUUGCUUGUUACAGAUUGUUGACCUCUUCCUGGACCUCUAUAGAACAUUUAAAAAAUUGUGUAAAGGAUGGUUUCGUUAAACGUCUUACUCAUCAUUGUUCUACUUCCUCUUAUUGUAACUCUUCAUUGGUGGCUGGACCGAGACCAAUCGCAAUAUUGUUUUCGAGUGGACACAUAUCUCAGAAACGGCUCUGUUGAUUUUCCUAUAAAUUUGACAGUGAAUGUAUAUCUUUUUGAAAAAAAAACCUCAUUGGCCACACAGGAGAGGCUCGACCAUUAUAGUUGUAAAAAAUGUAAUCAUCUUAAAAUGUAAUUUUGUCUGGAGAUCCUUAUCUUGAAUACACAUCAGUGGGAACUAAGGUGUUCAAACUACAAGAACAUUUUGUGCAUGGUCUUAUGCAGCAAUGAACCCAUGGAACUUCUUAACCUAGCCAUGACCUAGCCUACUCUUUUUGUAUGUUCCUAAGUGUGGAGCUGUAUCACCAAAUUACAACAUAUCUCUAACUAGACCCAGUAGUCUAGUCUAUCUGGAUCUAUGUUGCUAAACUAGAAUUUUAUUUUCUCGGAGUAGAUUUAUUCAUGGGCGUAACUAGUAUUUUUUUCGGGGGGAGGGAGGAGGUUAAAUGUUCUUUCUUAUAUAUAUAUAUAUAUAUAUAUAUAUAUAUAUAUAUAUAUAUAUAUAUAUAUAUAUAUAUAUAUAUAUAUCAUUCAUUAGUUAUUAACACUCAAAGUAAUCACUCAUGCAAAUAGUAUUAGCCUCAUUAAGUAGGGAUUGUCAUUUUAAAAUUAUUUUUUUUAAAUUUUAUUUGUUUGAAAAGUAAUCAGACAUUUUUCAUAAAGAAUUCUGACUUAUCUCAACAAAUCUGUAUUACUUGUUGAUAUUUCUAUUCUCACAUUGUGUGGCCUAUAGAAACUAAACUCAAUGGUCAGAGUCGCCUAACUCUUAAGUCGGAGGCGCACGUUCUUUUGUCUAGAAAAUAAAGUUAUUACUAAAUCUCGAGAAUAAAAGUUUCUUAGUAUUAUUUUAAACUUAUUUGUCUCGUGCUUUAACCGUUUCUUGAAAUCUAGUGUGUGUGUGUGUGUGGGGGGGUAGGUCUUUAUUUCUAGCUGUUUCAUUGACCACGUCUCCAUUGUGAAUCUGAUUGAUAGAACAGCAAAUCAAUAAGAGAGGUCGAAAGGCGGCGAACAUCAACCAUUUCUGUCCGAGAUGUCCAAAUAGACUUCUGUUUCACAUCUAGGAUUUAUUUUUCAUUGGACAAAGUUUGACAGAUAUUUUGUUUCGACAUUUUUGUGUUUGACUCUGUUGAACUUACUAAUUAUCUUGAGUUGCUUUGAACUUACUAAUUAUCUUUAGUUGCUUUGAACUUACUAAUUAUCUUUAGUUGCUUUGAACUUACUAAUUAUCUUUAGUUGCUUUGAACUUACUAAUUAUCUUUAGUUGCUUUGAACUUACUAAUUAUCUUUAGUUGCUUUGAACUUACUAAUUAUCUUUAGUUGCUUUGAACUUACUAAUUAUCUUUAGUUGCUUUGAACUUACUAAUUAUCUUUAGUUGGAAAAGACAAAUGCUGAUAAAAUAUAAACUUAUAUAUCUCAUCACAAUCUGUCUGCCUUCAUGUCUAUUUUUCUUUUUUUGUUUUUUAAUAAAAAUACUCUAGUUAUAAAACUAUCAGCUAAA